AUGUCACGAGCCUCGUUUCCAGAGGCAUACAUUGGCUGCAAUGCCACUAUCACGGACAAGAACCUAUGCACAUUGGAGACAUGCUGUUUAGCACAGUCCUCUUUCCUCUACAUACCAGACUAUGCCGGGAACCUCUUCUACACUAUAUUCUUCGCGUUCUUUGUGCUUCCGCAAUUGGUUUUGGGGUUCAAGUACAAGACAUGGACCUACAUGGCCGCCGUCAUUCUAGGGCUCGGGGUGGAAGUUGGAGGAUAUGUGGGCAGGCUGGAGUUGAACGACAACCCUUUCAACAACGAUGCAUUCUUGGUAUACCUCAUCAUGCUCACCAUCGCUCCCGUCUUCCUUACAGCCGCAAUCUACGUCUGCCUCUCCCGCAUCAUCAUCUUAUACGGCGAGCAUCUGUCUCCGAUCAAAGCUCGAACCGUGGCGAUCUCCUUCAUGUGCUCUGACUUCCUAUCACUCGUGCUCCAAGCCGCCGGAGGUGCUGUAGCAGAGACCGCAGACGAUGGAUCGGACGAACAACAGACAGGUACGGAUAUCAUGAUAGCAGGUCUCCUUCUCCAAGCCAUCUCGCUCUGCGUCUUCGCAGCGGCAUGGGCAUUCUUCCAACUCCGGGUCCUCAAAGGCCCGACAGAUCAGAGACCGGAUCGAGUUGCUACGCGUUCGCGGACGUUGUUCAAGGCUUUCCAGUGCGGACUCUUACUGUCGACUGUGCUCAUCAUCAUUCGGUCAAUUUACAGAGUGAUCGAGCUUUGGGGAGGCUUCAGCGGCGACCUAUGGAACGAUGAAGUCGAUUUCAUGGUGCUUGACGGGGCGAUGAUUAGUUUGUCUGUUGUGAUUAUGACAGCCCUGCAUCCGGGACCCGCGUUCAAAGAGCAAUGGGUCGAAUCAAGCUGGUCGAACAAAAGCAAGCAUGAUGACAACGGAAUCGAGCUUUCGCAGAGAGCCGGGACUUCCGUUGCACGUGGGAAAUCAUUCGAGGAUGAGGAUGACCAGAGCCGUAGAGACUGA